AAAUGUAAACAUGGCGGACGACGAAGUCGAUCAAGGAUACACGUGGGAAAACGAAUAUGAGAGAACUUGGGAAGCUCUGCAAGAGGAUGAUGAAGGUUCCCUCCGCACAGCUGUGGAUGGCAUCAUUCACAAAGGAAAGAGAAAACGGCUGCUGGAGAAGAAGGCAAACAUCAGGUUGGGGAUGAUGCGGCAUCUAUUUCUAGUACUUGACAUGUCGGAGUCUAUGGAAGAUCAGGAUCUCAGGCCUAGCAGACUAUUGUCUUCUCUAAAGUUGCUGGAAAGCUUCAUAGAGGAGUAUUUUGACCAGAACCCCAUCAGUCAGCUGGGGGUGAUAGACACCAGAAACAAGAGAGCAGAAAAAGUGACAGAGCUCGGAGGCAAUCCCAGAAAACAUAUCCAGCUAAUACAGAAACUAGCAGUGAAGCCAUGCCAGGGAGAGCCAUCUCUGCAGAACAGUUUAGAACUUGCCAUGCAAACAUUACGACACAUGCCUGGUCAUGCCAGUAGAGAAAUUCUCAUCAUCUAUGGAAGCUUGACAACUUGUGAUCCUGGGGACAUCUAUGAAACUGUUAAGUCUUUGAAGGAGUUAAACAUCAGGUGCUCCAUCAUUGGCCUGGCUGCAGAAGUACAGAUAUGCAAAAAAAUAUGUCAAGAAACUAAAGGUAGCUAUCAUGUUAUACUGGAUGAAACCCACUUUAGAGACCUUCUGACCUAUCAUGUGACACCACCGCAAUGUGCAUGUGUCACCUGGACAGCCAGACAUUUCAAGGGUUUCGCAGUGGAGGAUAUUUCUGUCCACAGUGCAAGAGUAAAUACUGUGAGCUGCCAGUAGAAUGUAAAGCCUGUGGGUUAACACUAGUUUCGGCUCCACAUCUGGCCAGGUCAUACCACCAUUUGUUUCCACUAGAAUCGUACAAGGAAGUGCAGGAUAAAUCUUCAGUUUUGCAGAGUCACUGUUUUUCCUGCCAGACAGAAUUCACAGAACAUCCCGUAUAUGUCUGUGGGCGGUGCCAGAAAGGGUUCUGCAUUGACUGCGAUGUCUUUAUCCAUGAAGCUCUCCAUUCUUGCCCAGGCUGCUCUGGGUCCCGUCACACACAGGAACGCCAAAUCUCAGGGACACUUCUGGCCGGGUUAACAGGGAAAUGACCAAAAUUGGUCUUCGACACUUGAUUGUUGGACCUUUUUGUAUAAGAGCAAUCCUGCAGGCAGUUUUGGCAGGGUAAACAGAGAACUGACCAAAAUUGGUCUGAGACACUUGAUUGUUGACCUCUUUCUUUGUAUAAGUUUGAGCAAUCUCAGGGGAAGCUCUGGCAGAGUUAACAGGGGAAUGACCAAUAUUGGUCUGAGAAACUUGAUUGUUGACCUCUUUGUACAAGAGCAAUCUGGGAGGAAGUUCUGACAAGGUUAACCGCUCACGUUGGUUGUACAAAGGACAUAUCUCUGACACUGAUCUCUGGACUGGUCAGCAAAUAAACAAUUGUGUCAAGUCACUCCUUUCAUUGUCAACCAGUGUGCUUGCAUUUGCUCAGCCAACUGACACCUAGAAAACUUCUGGCAAUGGAACAAGUUGUGUCUAAAUCUGCUUUGUUGAACUUUUGGCAUAUGUAAUCAAUUAAUUGACUCCUCGGAAAUAUUUCAGUUGGCAUGGGAAUAUUCUAAAACAUUUCAUUAUAAGAAACAGUACUAUAGAUUUGGAAGCCAUCACAAAAAAAUUAUAAAUGUUCUCUUUGGUGUCAGCUUGACUUGACAUUUUGAAUUCAUAAGUAGUUGAUUGCAACAGACACAUUUUCUGCUUGCAUCACAAAAU